CCAGGACCUCCGCGCAGCCUAACUAACUCCUCGCCUCCCAGCGAGUGGGGGGAAGCAGACUCCCCCCAUCCCAAUCUGGACCCCUCUCGGCGGAGAAGUGGAGGUUCUAUUCAGAGGGUCCGGUCUGUCUAAAUAUGCCCCAGGAUGACCGAGCGGCCGCCCAGCGAGGCGGCACCCAGUGAUACCCCGCUCGAGGGACCGGACGCGGCCGAGACUCGCAUGGCCCCCCCGCACCUGGUGCUGCUGAACGGCGUCGCCAAGGAGACGAGCCGCGCAGCCCUCGCCGAGCCCCCGGUCAUCGAGCUGGGCGCGCGCGGGGCCGGCGGGGGCGGCGCCACCAGGGACUUAAAGGGCCGCGACACGGCGGCGGCGGCGACGGCCGGCGAAGCGCGCCACCGGGUGCCCACCACCGAACUGUGCCGACCUCCCGGGCCUGCCCCGGCCCCCGCGCCCGCCUCGGUCCCCGCGGAGCUGCCGGCGGACGGCCGCAUGGUGCAGCUGAGCCCGCCGGCGCUGGCGGCCCCCGCCGGCCCCGGCCGCGCGCUGCUCUACAGCCUGGGCCAGCCGCUGGCCUCGCUGGGCAGCGGUUUUUUUGGGGAGCCCGAUGCCUUCCCUAUGUUUACCACAAACAACCGAGUGAAGAGGAGACCCUCCCCCUACGAGAUGGAGAUUACGGAUGGUCCCCAUACCAAAGUCACUCGUCGGAUCUUCACCAACAGCCGGGAGCGAUGGCGGCAGCAGAAUGUCAAUGGGGCAUUUGCAGAGCUUAGAAAACUGAUUCCUACACACCCCCCAGACAAAAAGCUCAGCAAGAAUGAGAUCCUCCGCCUGGCCAUGAAGUAUAUCAACUUCCUGGCCAAGCUGCUCAAUGACCAGGAGGAGGAGGGCAUCCAGCGGGCCAAGCCUGGCAAGGACCCCGUGGUGGGGGCUGCUGGUGGUGGGGCAGGGGGUGGUGCACCUCCAGAUGACCUUCUGCAGGACGUGCUUUCUCCCAACUCCAGCUGUGGCAGUUCCCUGGAUGGGGCCGCUAGUCCGGACAGCUACACAGAGGAGCCAGCACCCAAACACACUGCCCGCAGCCUCCACCCCUCACUGCUGCCUGCCACUGAUGGGGCCGGCCCACGGUGAUGGGUCUAGGACUGCCCAGGACCAGCCAACAGGAGCCUUUAGGCCACAGGAAUGGUGGACCAUUGGGUACCAUGGGCUGACAAGCAGGGCAGUAGACUUGAUGAACUUCCCUCCAGUCUGAACUUUGGGAAGCCCUAACUGACCCUGGGCUGGCUUUUCUAUUUCCUGCUUCAGAGGAAGAACAGGAAAAUGGAGUGGAGUGGUAGGUACUUUUUCUGAAGAUGGCACGGUCUUCUCCCUUCCCCAAAGUCACUAAGACUUCCCAAAUAAGGGGCUUAAGUGUCACUGCUUUUGGCCUGGAGUUUUGGAGCUCUGCCUUUGCUAAAAGCUGGAGUUGUCAGCCAUCACCUAAGGUAUCCAGAAACCUUUGCCUUGUCUUUAGCCCCUCCCGAGCUGACUGAAGUAGCUUCUGUGGCUGCUUCUGUCCCAUUGUAUAGGUACCCAAGAGCUGUCCAUUAUUUUGAGCCCAGUCUUUAUCCAGUCUAGUGUUGCUCUAUCCGGCUUGCCAGCGGCUGUGGAUUCACAAGCCUCUAGGUGCCUUCUUCAGGGCCUGGUUGACAGCCUGCUCUGGACUAGCUGGACCAGAGAGUCAGGAAAUUCAGGAGCCCUGACUUCUUAUCCUGGGGAAGCAGAAACCUGCUUUUUUCCCACUGACACUUGCCUUCCUAUCCUGUGGCUGUGGAGAUGAAUAUGCCCUGUUGGGCUUUGUGCGAAGGCAAGGAAAGGGAAAGGGAAAUUGAACAACUUCAACUCCUGCACAUCACUGUUGAUGUUGGUGGGCAGAUGCCAGUGUGCCGAUGGCACGUGCAUGCUGGGAGACUUGCAGCCCAUGUGUGUUCUCGAGGCUCAGAGGGCAUUUCCUCCUGCAAGAUGUCUGUCUGUUGGUUGGUGGUUUGUUCUUCCUUCUGAAUUAAGUGCUAACUCUGUCCAAUUCUUUGUAUUUGGAAGUUUUGCUUGACUUUAGUUAUCAGUAGACUCUUUAGGCCUUGAUAUGACCCAGGAUUUACAGCCCUACUGUAGGGCCUGGAGAAUCCAGUCAGAGACCAGGCCCUGAUGAAGACCCAAAUAUAUACAUAUUCAUUAGCAGGACCUUAAAUAUCCCUUAAUUGUGUAGUUUUCAUUCAUCAAAGGUGCAGAUGGGAGGUUGAUGUAAUACAAUAGGAAUGUCCUUCCAAAAGUUGUACAGGAAGUUUUUUUUUUAAAUCAUCCAUUUAAAAAGAAAUAACUACUACAAGCUCUUUUGUAAGGUGGAGAAAAUCCUUUUGUAGUGUGGACCACUGCCUCCUUGUUUAUCUCCUGUGUUGAUCUAGAUGCUGGGUCAUGGUUUACUGAAGUCUAGGCCUAGUUUAUUCCAAGCCCAUGGAAUAAACUGCACUGAAGUCCUGUGGAUCUCCCAUUGUACUCUUAAGUCAUGUAACCCUCCUCCACUAGGCUCUGGCUAGUGAAAAUAUCCAGUGGCCAAUUUUUGUUAUGCAGGGACCAUCACUGAGGCUGUGGGAAACCGUUCCUGCUCUGAGCCUUAACCCAGUAGCUUAUUCCCACCAUGCUGGGGCCUUGAAAACAACCUUAAGCAAACAAGGAAUGAUCCCUGCCCUCUCCCCUUUUAGUUAGGUUGUGAGGUCCAGUUCUCUAGCAGUAUGACUGACUAUUGAAGCAUUCUGGGAGAUGCUAUGCAGUAUCUCACCCCUGUGAAGGUGGAACCACUGUCCUAGGCUCUAAGGCUGUGUUUACCUCUAGUAGAUUAUCUUGGCUUGGGAAUGAAUGAAAUCUGGUUUAAUGCAAUAGGACAGGUAGUUGGGUCUUAUGAGAUGGACUAUGCAUUCUGUCAAGAUGUCAAGCUUUAGUUACCUCUACAGAUUUGCAGUGUGACUAGGAUAAGGCACCUAACUGUCAGUUUCUCAUAAAUACCUUGACUUAGACUGUCUCCUGGGGCAGUGGUAUGGACUGAAUAAAUAUGGUAAUGAAAGUACAAGUGUUUUGAGACCAUAAAGACCUUUGUUGUGGGCUAGGGUAUAUAUUGCUCAGUGGUAGAGCACUUGCCUAGCACGCAUGAGAUUCUAGGUUCAUGAGAUUCUAGAUUCUUUUUGACCUAGCAUCCAAAAAAAGAGAGGCUCUGUUGCCCUCUCGAUACCAAACCUGCAGUGAGGUUAAAGUCCAAACCGUGGGCAGUUGACAUUGGGUAAUUGAGAUUAUAAAUUGCUUUUGCCUGAGUUUUCUAGAUCCUCUUAAUUUAUCAAGAUUGUUUUCAUUUAUUUGUGUCUCAGUCCAAAGCAAGAAACAAGUGAGAAUGAAAAGAGAACAUGGACAGACUGGAAAGUGGAACACAGCUGCCCCAUAUGUGUCUGGCUAGUGGGAGGGGGUGAGGUUUUAUUUAGGUCUUUGUAAGAACUAAAGAAAAAUGGUCACUUCUUUGAUCUUCUACAACCCAUACCCUUCCUUCUCUUCCUUUGCCUUCUCUUACCCAUGAAUAAACUGCAGCAUUCCAGGAAUAAUAGAUUCAUAAUAUCUGUGCAUAAAAUGUUUUGAGGAAAACAAAAAUGUAAUGAGAAGAGGAAUCACAUCGUUUAGGAAUUUGUGUUGUUUUUCAUGCAGUGGCAAAUAAUAAGAUGGUACAGCUUUUAUUCUUUCUCCAGAAAUACAAUGAAAUGGCACAGCAUCCAUAAUCAGCCGACAGCUAUUUCGGCCUUUUGGGCAGGUCUAGCCAUACUUGUGAUUUCAGUGGUACAUGACCUUCUGCCGAUGGCUCACCUGCCUGUGUACAUAGCGCACUGUUCCUGUGGACGGGCCCAGCACUUUCCGUCAUUGUUGUACUGUAUGUGAUGAAUUGUGUUGGUCUCUGCAUUUUUCUGCAGAAGAGGAGUAACUGCUCCGGGUACCUUGACCUUUGUACAGCUCAGAGGCCAACACGAUGGGCUUGUGACUCUUUAGCAAAAAGGCCCAUGUGAUGAUGAUGAUGAUGAUGAUGAUGUGUACAUACAUAAGGUUAUAUGGGGGAAGAUUUCUAAAUAAAAGUUUUA